AUGGCCUCCUGGGAGAGCACACACUCCUCCCGGGGCUUGCUCGCUUGCACGCCCACCUGGUGUCAUCUCCACGUGCCCUCUGACGCCCGGAGCAGGUGGAGUGCCUCUCUGGCCCAGCCACCUUCCUCGAGGGGGAGCCCCGUUCUGCGGCAGGCUGCCACAGCACCGAAUUGUUCCCUCUGCCCCCAGGACGCCAAUCUGUCCGUGUACAGCGACGACCCGGACCUCACUCCCUGUUUCCAGAACUCCGUGCUGGCCUGGGUCCCCUGCAUCUACCUGUAGGCCUCCCUGCCCUGCUACCUCUUCCAUCUGCGGCACCAUCACCGAGGCUAUGUUAUCCUCUCCCACCUCUCCAGGCUCAAGACGGCCUUGGGCGUCCUGCUGUGGUGCAUCUCCUGGGCUGACCUCUUCUACGCCUUCCAUGGCCCGGUCCACGGCUGGGCCCCUGCCCCCAUCUUCUUUGUCACCCCGUUGCUGGUGGGGGUCACCGUGCCGCUGGCCACUCUGCUAAUCCAGCAUGAGCGGCUGCAGGGGGUACAGUCCCCAGGAGUCCUCAUCAUCUUCUGGUUCCCGUGCAUGGUCUGUGCCAUUGUCCCCUUCCGCUCCAAGAUCCUGUCGGCCGUGGCAAAGGGCAAGACCUCAGACCCCUUCCGCUUCGCCACCUUCUACAUCUACUUCGCCCUGGUGCUUUUCCCUCUCAUCCUGUCCUGCUUCAGGGAGCAGCCGCCAUUUUUCUCCCCAAAGAAUGUCGACCCUAACCCCUCCCCAGAGGUCAGCGCUGGCUUCUUCUCCUGCCUGUCUUUCUGGUGGUUCACAAAGAUGGCCAUCCUUGGCUACCGGCGCCCCCUGGAGGAGCAGGACCUCUGGUCCCUGACCGAGGAGGACCGCUGGCAGGUGGUGGUGGACAGGCUGACGGAGGCAUGGAAGAAGCAGCAGAAGCAGGCAGCGCGACACAGGGCCGCGGUGGCAUCUGGGAAGAGUGUGUCCGGUGAGGAUGUGGUGCUGCUCGGGGGGCUGCCCAGGCCCCGGGAGUCAUCCUUCCCGAGGGCCGUGCUGGCCACCUGUGGUUUGGGCAUCUUCACAAGCAUCUGCUUCAAGUUGACCCAGGACCUGCUCUCCUUCGUCAAUCCGCAGCUGCUCAGCAUCCUGAUCAGGUUUAUCUCAAACCCCGUGGCCCCCACCUGGUGGGGUUUCCCGGUGGCCGGGCUGAUGUUUGCGUGCUCUGUGAUGCAGACUCUGCUCUCACAACAGUAUCUCCACUGUAUCUAUAUGAUGGUGUUGAGGCUUCGUUCGGCGAUCACAGGUGUCAUUUUCCGCAUGUUUGUUUCUCACUCUCUGUUGGGCUGACUACCAUCUCUUGCUUCCUGCCCAGCUCCACGUUUCUGAUCCAUAGGCCUCUGUCCGUCUGUGGGGGUCUGUGCACAUUCUUUAGGUAUUUGUCUUAUCGAUCCACCCAUGCCUCCUCAGAACCUGGGUCCUUCCAUCUUGGCUGGGGUGGCUUUAAUUGUCUUGCUGGUCCCACUCAACAGAGCUGUGGCUGUGGCCAUGAAGAUGCGUGCCUUACAGGUAGGCCAAAUGAAGUUCAAGGACUCAUGCACCAAGCUGAUGAGUGAGAUCCUGGGUGGCUUCAAGGUGCUGAAGCUGUAUGCCUGGGAACCCGUUUUCUUGGGGAGGGUGGAGGGCAUCCGGGAGGACGAGCUCCGGAUACUACGCCGGUCUGCCUACCUCCAAGCCAUAUCCGCGUUCACCUGGGUCUGCACCCCCUUCCUGGUGACCCUGAUUACCCUUGGGGUCUGUGUGUCCGUGGACCAGAACAACGUGCUAGAUGCUGAGAAGGCCUUUGUGUCUGUGUCCCUGUUCAAUAUUUUAAAGACUCCCCGGAACCUGCUGCCCCAGAUAAUCAGCAGCCUGGUCCAGAUCAGUUUGUCUCUGAAAGGGAUCCAGCAUUUCCUGAGCCAAGAUGAACUUGACCCCCACUGUGUGGAAAGAAAGACCAUCACCCCAGGUGAGAGGUUGGGGAAGGAAAUCCCAAUCCCUACCUCUGACUGGGUUCCUGGACUCCUUGCCCUCAGUCUAGACAUCCAGGUGCUGAAAGGGGCACUGGUGGCCGUGGUGGGGCCUGUGGGCUGUGGGAAGUCCUCCCUGGUGUCUGCCCUGCUGGGAGAGAUGGAGAAACUGGAAGGCACGGUGUGUGUGAAGGGCUCUGUGGCCUACGUGCCCCAGCAGGCAUGGAUCCAGAAUUGCACUCUUCAGGAAGACAUACUGUUUGGCCGAGCCCUGGACCCCACUCUGGAAGCCUGUGCCUUGCUAGCUGACCUGGAGUUGCUGCCUGCCGGGGACCAGACAGAGAUUGGAGAGAAGGGCAUUAACCUGUCUGGGGGCCAGCGACAGCGGGUGAGUCUGGGCCGAGCUGUUUACAGGGAAGCUGACCUUUUUAUGUUGGAUGACCCACUGUCAGCUGUGGACUCCCAUGUGGCCAAGCAUCUCUUUGACCAAGUCAUAGGGCCCGAAGGCGUGCUGGCAGGCAAGACACGGGUGCUGGUGACACACAGCAUCAACUUCCUGCCCCAGAUGGACUUCAUCAUAGUGCUGGCUGACGGGCAGGUGUCUGAGGCGGGCCCCUACCCAGCCCUGCUGCAGCAUAGCGGCUCCUUUGCCAACUUCCUCUGCAACUACGCACCUGACAAGCCCGAGAAGAACCUGAAGGAAGGCAGCAGGACCGCCUUGGAGGACACAGACGAGGAGGAGGUGCUGCUGAUUGAGGACACGCUGAGCAAUCACACAGGCCUGACGGAUCAUGAGCCAGUCAUGUAUGAGGUCCAGAGGCAGUUUUUGAGACAGCUGAGUGUCAUGUCCUCGGAAGGCGAGGGCCAGGGCCGGCCUGUGCCCCAGAGACGCCCAGGUUCAACAGAGAAGGUAGUGCAGGCAGCAGAGGUGAAGGCGAGCGGGGCACUGAUCCAGGAGGAGAAGGUGGAGAUAGGCACUGUGAAGCUGAGUGUGUUCUGGGAUUACGCCAAGGGCAUGGGGCUCUAUACCAUAGUGGCCAUCUGUCUUCUGUACCUGGGUCAUAGUGUGGCUGCCAUCGGGGCCAGCGUGUGGCUCAGUGCCUGGAGCGAUGAGGCUAUGGUGGAUGGCCAACAGAAUAAUACCUCCGUGAGGCUGGGUGUCUAUGCUGCCUUGGGAAUUCUGCGAGCGGGGCUCCUGGUGAUGGUGUCAGCCAUCACGCUGAUGGUGGGGAGUGUCCAGGAUGCACGCUCGCUUCACCGGGUGCUGCUGCACAAGAGGCGCUCGCCACAGUCCUUCUUCCAUACGACGCCCUCAGGCCGGAUCCUCAACCGCUUCUCUAAGGACAUCUAGGUCAUCGAUGAGGUUCUGGCCCCCACCAUCCUCAUGCCGCUGAAUUCCUUCCACAACUCCAUCUCCGCCUUCGUGGUCACCAUAGCCAGCACGCCGCUCUUCACUGUGGUCACCCUGCCUCUGGCUGUCCUGUACAUCACGUUGCAGGGGUCCUACGGUGCUGACCCCAAGCACCUGAAGAGGCUGGACUCCAUCAGCCGCUCGCCCAUAUACUCCCACUUUUCAGAGACGGUGACUGGCACCAGCGUCAUUCGGGCCUAUGGCCGCAGCCAGGACUUCAAGGCCAUCAGUGAUGCUAAGGUGGACACCAACAUGAGGAGCUCCUACCCCUAUGUUGCCUCCAACAGGUGGCUGUGGGUCCACGCGGAGUCCGUGGGGAACUGUGUUGUGUUCUUUGCUGCACUCUCUGCUGUGAUUGGCAGAAACAGCCCGAGUCCGGGGCUGGUGGGCCUUUCUGUGUCCUACGCCCUACAGAUAACAAUUAGUCUGAUGUGGAUGAUCCAAAUGAUGUCAGACUUGGAGUCUAACAUCGUGGCCGUGGAGAGAGUCAAGGAGUACUCCAAGAUAGAGACUGAGGCCCCCUGGGUGGUGGAGGGCGGCCGUCCUCCCGCGGGCUGGCCCCUGCGGGGCAAAGUGGAGUUCUGGAACUUCUCUGUGCGCUACCGGCCAGGCCUGGAGCUGGUGCUGAGGAACCUGAGUCUGCGCGUGCACGGUGGCGAGAAGGUGGGGAUCGUGAGCCGCACCGGGGCCGGCAAAUCGUCCAUGACCCUCUGCCCGUUCCACAUCCUGGAGGCCGCGGAAGGUGAAAUCCGCAUCGACGGCCUCAACGUGGCAGAUGUGGGACUCCACGACCUGCGUCCUCAGCUGACCGUCAUCCCCCAGGACCCCAUCCUGUUCUCCGUGUCCCUACGUAUGAACCUGGACCCCUUUGGGUAUUACUCGGAGGCAGAUCUAUGGCGAGCCUUGGAGCUUUCCCACCUGCACACCUUUGUGAGCUCACAGCCGGAGGGCCUGGACUUCCAGUGCUCCGAGGGAGGGGAGAAUCUCAGCUGUUCCCAGCGCCAGCUCGUGUGCCUGGCCCGAGCCAUGCUCUGCAGGAGCCGCAUCCUGGUUUAAAAAUUUUUUUUUUCACGAGGCCAGGCUGCCAUGGACCUGGAGACUGACGACCUCAUCCGGGCUACCAUCCGCACCCAUUUUGAGAACUGCACGGUACUGACCAUCCCACACCGGCUCGACACCAUCAUAGACUGUACGAGCGUCCUUGUCCUGGACAGAGGGACAGUAGCUGAACUUGAUUCUCCAGCCAACCUCAUCGCAGCCAGAGGCAUCUUCUACGGGAUGGCCAGAGACGCUGGACUUGUCUAAAAUAUAUUCCUGGGACUUGCUCCUGGCCAUUGCUGGUUUUCAUCAGGAGAAAAAAAGACACCAAGCACGUCUGCAGGAUGGACUCGAUGGCAAACACUGGAGGCAUUUGCUAGAUUCUUGCCCUGCAAAGUGCCUCACAGAAUAAUUGUGCUAAAUGCUUUAGAUGAGGAAGUGGGGCCCAAGAGGUGAACUACGGGCCCGAGGCCACAGCUAGUUUGAGGCAGAGCCCAGACUGGUGCCCGGGGUCUCCUGAUUCCCAACCUAGUGUUCUUGCCACGCUGUGCUGUUUUCAGUCAUUUCAUGGAAUGACCUCUCCACUCUGUCUGAUUUUUUGUAUUUUCUACUCAGAAGGAUUUUUUUUUUUUUUUUUAAAGUAAAGCUUUUUCCUCCUGGAACAGCAGACUGCCGGGUCAGGGUGUCCUUAGGAACUGAGUCCUGUACUCUGGGGUGCUGGCCUGAAUCCAUUAAAAAUGGAGCACUGAUGAAAUAAAGCGACAUG